CUAGGCAGCCCCGAGCCGCCGCCGCCCCAUUACGAGCCGGGCGCCGAGCAGUGGGUGGAGCUGGUGGGCGUGCUGCCCCCGCACCUGCUCCUGCCGCAGCAGAAAGUGGUCUUCGAGCCACUGCCCGGGCUCCCGGCCCGAGCCAGCCCCGACCAGAGGGUCAGGAUCCAGAGAGUCCCCCAGGUGCUAGUGUUCGGCACGGCCGCCACGGCCCUCAAAGUGCAGCAGCUCCAGCAGGUGCCUGUCCCACACGUGUACUCCAGCCAAGUGCAGUAUGUGGAGGGCGGUGACGCCAGCUACACGGCCAGUGCGAUGGGCGGCGGCGGCGGCGGAGCGGGCACCUAUGUGAUCCAGGGCGGCUACAUGCUGGGCAGUGCCAGCCAGUCCUACUCCCACACCACCCGUGCCUCGCCAGCCACUGUUCAGUGGCUCCUGGACAACUACGAAACAGCAGAGGGGGUGAGCCUGCCGCGGAGCACGCUCUACUGUCACUACCUGCUGCACUGCCAGGAGCAGAAGCUGGAGCCCGUCAACGCCGCCUCCUUCGGCAAGCUCAUCCGCUCUGUCUUCAUGGGCCUGCGCACCCGGCGGCUUGGCACCAGGGGCAACUCCAAAUACCACUACUACGGCCUGCGCAUCAAAGCCAGCUCGCCCCUGCUGCGGCUGAUGGAGGACCAGCAGCACAUGGCCAUGCGGGGCCAGCCCUUCUCGCAGAAGCAGAGGCUCAAGCCCAUCCAGAAGAUGGAGGGCAUGACCAACGGUGUGGCCGUGGGGCCACAGCAGGCCACCGGGCUGUCCGACAUCAGCGCCCAGGUCCAGCAGUACCAGCAGUUCCUGGAUGCCUCAAGGAGUCUCCCUGACUUCUCAGAGCUUGACCUCCAGGGCAAAGUGCUCCCCGAGGGCAUCGGGCCUGGGGAUAUCAAGGCCUUUCAGGUCCUGUACCGGGAACACUGUGAGGCCAUUGUUGACGUCAUGGUGAACCUGCAGUUCACCCUGGUGGAGACGCUGUGGAAAACCUUCUGGAGGUACAACCUCAGCCAGCCCAACGAGGCGCCUCCGGGGGGUGUUUGGCACGACGAGGCUGAGAAGCGGCUGCCCAAGGCCAGCCUGGUGCUCCUCUCCAAGUUUGAGCCAGUGCUGCAGUGGACCAAGCACUGUGACAACGUGCUGUACCAGGGCCUGGUGGAGAUCCUCAUCCCCGACGUGCUGCGGCCCAUCCCCAGUGCCUUGACCCAAGCGAUCCGGAACUUUGCCAAGAGCCUGGAGAGCUGGCUCACCCACGCUAUGGUGAACAUCCCUGAGGAGAUGCUGCGUGUGAAGGUGGCAGCGGCCGGCGCCUUCGCGCAGACGCUGCGACGCUACACGUCGCUCAACCACUUGGCGCAGGCGGCGCGCGCCGUGCUGCAGAACACGGCGCAGAUCAACCAGAUGCUGAGCGACCUCAACCGCGUGGACUUCGCCAACGUGCAGGAGCAGGCCUCGUGGGUGUGCCGCUGCGAGGACCGCGUGGUGCAGCGGCUGGAGCAGGACUUCAAGGUGACCCUGCAGCAGCAGAACUCACUGGAGCAGUGGGCGGCCUGGCUGGACGGCGUCGUGAGCCAGGUGCUCAAGCCCUACCAGGGCAGCGCCGGCUUCCCCAAGGCCGCCAAGCUCUUCCUCCUCAAGUGGUCCUUCUACAGCUCCAUGGUGAUCCGGGACCUGACCCUGCGCAGCGCUGCCAGCUUUGGUUCUUUCCACCUCAUCCGGCUGCUCUACGACGAGUACAUGUACUACCUGAUCGAGCACCGCGUGGCCCAGGCCAAGGGCGAGACCCCAAUCGCCGUCAUGGGCGAGUUCGCCAACCUGACCACCUCGCUGAACCCCCUUGACCCGGACAAAGACGAGGAGGAGGAAGAGGAGGAGGAGAGCGAGGACGAGCUGCCGCAGGACAUCUCGCUGGCGGCUGGCAGCGAGUCGCCCGCGCUGGGCCCUGACGCCCUGGAGCCGCCGGCCAAGCUGGCACGGACAGACGCGCGUGGCCUCUUCGUGCAGGCGCUGCCCUCCAGCUAAGCCCGCGGCCUCCCCCGCCCCGCCCGCCC